AUGUUAGAAAAUUUAGAUUUCCUGUUUUCUACCAACUAUAUCAUCAUCACUAUAGCAAUAAUUCUUUAUGCUCUCUAUGUACGGAAAUACCGUCACUAUGUAUUUGAGCAAAGUCGUCCUUUUACUAAAGGCAGAAGAAGCAUAGGAAAGACUUUACCACCUUAUCCAAAUGGAUGAUUUUGCGUGGCACGAUCAUCAGAGAUUAAAAAAGGUGAAGCCAAGCAUAUUGAUUAUAAUGGGCAAAAUAUCGCUGUAUUUAGAGGUACUGAUGGAGUUGUUUAUGCAAUAGAUGCUUAUUGCGCUCAUAUGGGAGCAAAUCUUGCUGAAGGAGGCAAAGUUAAGUUUACAAAGGGUCUCCAAUGUCCUUUUCAUGGGUGAAUAUUCGAUGGCUCAACUGGAAAUUGUGUCACUGGCCCUGAUAUGAAGCCAAAAGAGCUAGAUAAAUACGCUUAUACAGAAGUAGUUAAUGAUGCAGGGGUAAAAUUGCCGAUGCCCAAACUAUGUUGCAAAGAGCAAGUUAAAGUAAAGAAAUGGCAAGUAAGAGAGAUGUUUGGGUUCAUUUUUGUGUGGUAUCACGCCAUUGAAAACCUCAGAAUAGCCCCACCAUCUUAUGAACCUCUAGAUAUUUCUGAUUUUACUAAAAGAUUAUCAUAUAGAGGCCAUAGCAUAAAUAAAGUAAAAAGCUUUAUUCAAGAUGUCCCAGAAAAUGGAGGAGAUUUAAUGCAUUUCCUAUAUGUCCACUAUGCUUUUCUUCCUUUUACAGAUGCUUUUAAAGCAAAAUGAAGGGCUUCUUGGUACAGAGGUGAUGAUCCAGAAUUAAGAGAAAAAGUUGCCCAUGAAAUAGGAUAUAUAAAUGAUCAUAAAAUGAGACUUUUGGAUAAAUAUUUGGAUGAAGGAAAUAAGUCAAAUAUAGGGAUACUCACCUUAGACAAUUACAUAAUUUUGCCUGGGGGCAAAGAAAUUUUCUUUUUAAAUGCGACAGGGUUCCAAGUUGGAUCAGGAAUUGUUUACUUAUUUUUAAUAGGACCAUUUUUUGAAGGGGUUUUCUUCCAGCAUUUGAGGCAGAUUGAUAAGCAUAAUCUAGAAGUCUAUCAUGAAAUGUGGGCAAGCAACUAUUUGCCUUAUGGCAUUACUGCGAUUAUGCUGAGAGGAGAAGCACAACAAGUAAUGAAUGAUGGAAAAGUGUGGGAUAAUAAACAAUUCGCCAUGAAGCCUAACUAUAAUAUGAUGGGAGACCCAGAUAAAUUGCUAUUAAAGUGGAGAAAUUGGUAUGCUCAGUUUUUUGAAGGAUGUGAAGAGGCAGAAAAAGCAAAAGAAAAGCUUAGUUGGUAA